GUCGUGUUGAAAUGAACAUGAAGCAAUGCACACUUUGGCCAAGGAUUAAAAUAAUUUGGUACAAUAAUCUUGGUCCACGUGAUCGAUAAGAUAAAAUAUUAUGACUUAUGAAGACAUAAGACAUCCGAAGAAUGCAAGCGAGGUUAGGACAUAUUGAUAUUCAAGGUUCAAUUCUUUUGUCGCAAUAACGUACUGUACGUUGGGACGGAAGAAUUCGUCAAAUCCAGCGUCUAAUAUUCUUCAUCCAACUGUAAAGCAUGGCUUUAAUGCUACCCAUUUUUAACCCGGAGCUUCCGUGCUUGGGUGCGCUUUUAGGUGGGAUGCCAAUAGGGAAAAGAAUCAUCAUUCAGGGAACCGUAACGGGUCACAGAUUCAACAUCAAUCUACAGCUUGGUCCAGAGGUAUCGCCACGGGAUGAUACGGCGCUGCAUCUGAGCAUUCGACCUGGUGAACAAACAAUCGUGCGCAACAGUUUGGUCAGUCAGACUUGGCAGGAGGAGGAACGAUUCGGUGAUUGUCCCAUCGGCGCAGGACAACCGUUUACUCUCGAGAUUCGCGUGGAAGAGUUUAACUUUGUGAUAUUCAUUAACGAUGAAUGGUACUGCACCUUUCAACAUCGGCAACCGAGCGAGAUGGUGAACUUUAUUCAUCUGGGCACCGGUGCGACUAUCGAUUCCGUCAUGGAGUCUUUCUAGUGUCUGUUGCAUGUUUAUUAUUAGUCUGUGUAUCAAGUGCAAUUGCAUGGAUUUGAAAUAUACCACGUAGUACCCGAAACUCCAUCUUAAUCUAGUUUCUUUCCCAUCGCAAACUAAGAGGCAA